AUGGAGCAGAUGGCUUUCUUGCACCAAAGAUCUGUUCUCCGAUCCAAACAGGUCAAUCAAGUCCGUUUGCUCAGAGAGAUUGAUUCUGGUGAGGUCUUUACCAACAGCUGCCGCAAGAGCAGACACCAAACUUGUUUUUCCAACACCAGGACUUCCUUCCAGCAAAAUAGGCUUGUGAACUUGCAAGGCACGGAUCACACGCAUGGCGUUCAGAGCAGUCGUUGGAGCGUCCAAGUUGAACGACGUUUUGUUGUCUGGAUGGACUCUAUCGAUUUUGAAGUCACCGCAUUGAAGAUACGUAUCAGACACUUGGACUUGGUAUGUUGCCAAGUAUGGUGUCCGCAAGUCGGUUUUGGAGAUCUCGGCAAGCUUGUCCACAAAUUCCAGCUUGAACUGUCGCAGGCGCUCUUCGUUGUCGGCCAAGAACGCUGUGUUGUUGGUUCCCAGAGCGUCAAUGAAAACCAUGCAAGCUCCGUGCAAAAGAGCCAUAUGGGGACGAAUUCCGUUCUCGACAGCGUUGUUGAUGAACGAGACCCAGGCGAGAAUGUCACGCAGAGAGAUCACUCCACUCGAGGCAGACCCAUCGCCGAGCUUGUGGCCGUACCACUGCGAAAACUGAACAACGCUGUCAAUAAGACCGUGUGCCUUUUGGUUAAGCUGAGACUCGACAAUUUGACGAACAUCGUCGAAGUCCUCCAUCGAAGGAACCCAGAUCUCGGUGAAUCUGUUUCUCAACGCUGGAGACAGCUCCUUCUUACCUCGUCGGCCAGCGAUAUUUCGUCGAGCAGAAAGAAACUGCCGUCUUUCAUGGAACAGACUAAUGGACCGUCAAACCACUCAAACAGGACUUUGGAAGCAGAAAUAAGCUGUUCAACCAGCUGUUUCUCAGAUUCCUCCAAAACUCCCUGUUUCUUCAAACUCUCGUACUCCUCCAUCAUGGCAGUCACCGUAGACACCGGGACGUUGUGA